AUGCAGGCAGUGGCAAUGCAGAACAUGGCUGAUGUGGCUGCGCAGGUGGAAGACCCUACCAUCAAGGCUCGAUAUGACCAAACAGCACACCGCUUACACGAGUGGGGGGAGAGGAGGAUUGUUCAGCAUCAACAGCAGCAAGAGCCCAUCAAUGCUGGACGAGGUGCCCUUCCUCCGCUUUCGUUGUCGCUCUCGCAAGUGUCACCGUACGCCAUGGAACUUGCUGCUCGCAAUAAUGUGCCCAAGAAACGCUCAAGUCUGUCCAAAUUGUCAAAGAAGCUGAUGCACGACUGGUUCGAGCACAAUUUGCAUCAUCCGUAUCCAACUGAAGAAGAGAAGGAGUGGCUUGCACGGGAAGGAGGCAUCACGCUCGAGCAAGUGAACAACUGGUUCAUCAACACGCGCGGCCGUAAGUGGAAGCCCAUGAUCAAUAGGCUGAUGCAGGAAAAGCAGGCUGGCAACUGCUCACUUUACGAUAAAAUGGCAAAGAGAAUUGAGGAGCCAUAUCACAACCCUUAG